AUGUUGCCUGUCGGGGCCGGGAUGAGAGUCCCUACCACGGCACUUGUAGCACUGGUUUAUGAUGAGCGCGCUUCUGUACGAGCCAAUGCAUGGAGACCCCGUGUGCCAAUCCCGCAAGACACAGGACUCGAAGACGAUGAAGCGCAGAACGGUCCUUUGGAGUUGAUCCAAGAGGUUGCAUUCGACCUGAUCGGUCGACGAUCCGACAACUGUGAGAUAGAAACUGUUUUACGAAAUGUGAACAGGUGCAUCUGGACCAUAGGACCUUACCCUGAUUGGGCUGAUGAGCGAGCGAAAAGGUUGUGGUCCCCAAUACUGGGGAUCAAGUCUUUGUUCGUCUCACUCUCAGUGAUCGAUGAGCAAGUCCUUGGCGUAACCUAA